UAAUGGCAAAUAAUCGGUGUAGAUAGUUAUAAGACGCGAUGUGAAAAUCGGGAUUUGAAAACGAACCAGCAGCCACCACACGCAAAGAGGGCGUCAACAAAGGGCGGAAGAGCACAAAGAAGAAGAAACUAAAAAAAAAAAAAGAAAAAUCAAAUUCGACGCCUAACGAAUAUUUGUAUUACUUGUUAGUAGUAGUUGUGAUAACUACGUUGCCAUGAGUAACCACAGAUACCAUCACGGCGGCGGCAGCUACAUGCAUGCACGAAUGUCGUAUCCACAUCACUUUACAUACGUUUCCAGUUGUGUGAAAUACCUUAUCUUUUUGCUAAACUUUUUGUUUUGGCUAUUCGGUGGGCUGCUCUUAGCGAUUGGCGUUUACGCAUUUAUGGAUAAGUUGAAGGAUGGCAUUGGCUGGGUUCGAUUGGAAACUAUUUACGACGUUAUCUUCAAUAUAUCUUUAGUGAUGAUCAUAGCGGGCAUUGUCAUAUUUGUGGUCAGCUUUGCUGGUUGUUUAGGUGCUCUACGAGAGAAUACUUGCCUUUUGAAAUUCUACUCGAUGUGCUUACUGAUCUUCUUCCUUAUGGAAAUGGCUAUUGCCAUAAUUUGCUUUGUAUUCCCACAAAACAUGAACUCAUUUCUAGAGUUCCAAUUUACUGAUAAGAUUAUCCACUCUUACCGUGAUGACUCCGACUUACAGAACUUUAUAGACUUUGCGCAACAGGAGUUUAAGUGCUGUGGUCUAAGUAAUGCUGGCUACCAGGAUUGGAGCAAAAAUGAAUACUUUAACUGCUCGUCGCCAUCAGUAGAGAAGUGUGGUGUACCGUACAGCUGUUGCAUCAAUGCUACGGAUAUUAGCUCGGGUCUAGUCAACAUCAUGUGCGGCUAUGGUGUGCAGGAGCACUCGGUGGCUGCAGCUAGCAAACGGAUAUGGACCAGCGGCUGCAUUGAAAUCGUUCGUGUCUGGGCAGAAAGGAAUCUGUAUGUGAUUGCAGGAGUUGCUUUGGGAAUUGCGUUCUUGCAGCUCUUUGUAAUUUACCUGGCUAAAACUCUCGAGGGUCAGAUCGAUAUGCAGAAAUCGCGUUGGUCGUGAGUGCCAUAGCACCCGGUUUUCUACGGGUAUCCUUUCGAUGAUUUCUACUACUAUGACACUCAAAUGUAAGCAGAGGGCAGCAAAGUAAACGGCCAGGCCGUGUCUGUGUCACUCUUGCCUAUCCAUUCUUCGUCAAUCGUCAGUUUAUCUGGUCCGUGCAAUGCUCAAAUAUUUGUUCACAAUCAAACAUUAUGUAUACAAUUUUACACUUCUGAAGCUUUUUGCAUUUCGAAUAUUAUUGCCCUUCAUUGCCAUUUUCUUUGUUCUCAAUGACUCGAUAUUAUACUCCGAAUACUAGCCCUUAUAU